UCACCGGGUCCCGGCAAUCACUGAGUAUCUCUGAUGGGGGAGAGACCUGUGCAUAAACAACACAGAUCUCUCCCCUGUCAGCUCCUGCACACUGCUUUGUAUGGCUCUGCAUAGCAGAGUCAUACAAAGCAGUGUGCUUAUAGUGAAGCACACACACAGCACACAGUAAAACAGCACACAGUUAACCUUUUGAUCACCCCAGAUGUUAAUCCCUACCUGCCCAGUGUCAUUAGUACAGUGUCAGUGCUUUUUGUUAGCACUGAUCACUGUAUUGGUGUCACUGGAGAUGUCAGUGACACCAGUCAGUUCCCCCCAGUGUCAGAAUACCCACCGCAGUCCCGCUAUA